UAGCCUUUGUUUACUUCCGGUAAUGGUAAGAGGAAGCCGAGCACCUGACUGAAAUCAAAGAUCAGAGACAGCGCGAGUUGAACCCCAAGAAUUCGGCAUUUGUCAAGAAAUAUGCUACAAUACAUACAUAUCAGGUUAUUUAAAUGUUAAAAAUGGUAGAUUGACUCAGUGCUAGUGAAUCAAGAUGUCUAUAAUACAAGUAACCGGCUCAGGGGGGAGUGUCUUGUCGGAUAGGACCCCGUUUUAUGGAGGUAGAGUACCACAAGAAAUCAGUAUCCUCAUCAAACCAUUGGCAAAAUGUGAUAAAGAAACCAUUGGAAAGAUUCUACAAUUGAUUGUGUCUUCAAUGGAAGGCAAAUCUGUGAGUCAUGAACAGUUUAAACAACUCUCAAAUGACACUUUAACUGACGAAAUGGUUAGUGUGAUAUACAGUGGAUUAUACUCCUUGCUGAAACGUGCAAUACGAUUACCUCUUACAUCACUGAAACCAGAGAUGUUUAAAGAGGACAUGAAAGAGCUUCAAAUCCCUUCUGAAUUCCAAGAAGAUAUAUCUAGCGUUGUAUUUGGAGCAAGGAGGUCACGUAUAGAACAAGAGAUUUUGGCCAGCAGACCAAGAUUACCUAAGCUGGAUCAACUCAAGUGGAGAGUUGAUGUUGCCAUUUCCACAAGUGUUCUAAACCGAGUACUAGAGCCCACCAUUUUGAUGGAAAUGAAACUAAGCAAUGGAAAGAUACAUUUAUUUGAGGUCCCUGUUUCACAGUUUCACCAACUGCGAUAUAAUGUGGCAUAUGUUUUGAAAGAAAUGGAAGAUUUGGAGAAAAAGAGCAUUCUCAAGAUUCAAGACUAACACAUGUUUUCCUAAAAGAAGAAGGCCUUAAAUGUUUGAAAAUUUGUCAUUAUAACCACUUGUGUUUGUAUUUUAAAGUACAUAUGCAUUGCAAAAUAAACUGUUACUAAUCAAA